AUGGCCAACUUAAUAGAUCAAAUUGCAGAGUUUUGGAAUAUGACCUCAGUGUACAUUAUUUACAAUUCGAAAAUACAGGACAAUAAUCUAUUGCGAGAUUUUUUGUCGAAGCUACACCAAAAGGAGAAUAGCUAUUUGCACGGAUUACCACAUUUGUCUUUGCGAGAGAGGGACAUAGCCUCACCUUUAUAUGACAUUGCCAAUAUGGGUCAUAAGGAUAUGGUAUUGACUAUAAUGCAUAGCGUUUAUGAUACGGUGUUAAAGGCGACAGCCAAUGCAACACGUCAUCAUCGGUCCUGUUUUACAAUUUAUCUCCUGUAUGGCAAUAGCAAUCCCAAGGAUCUUCAUUAUCUAUUCGGUCAGUUGUGGAAAUACCAGCUGAGACGGCCUUUGGUUAUUGGUAAUGGCAAAGAUCUGCUUACCAUGGAUCCAUAUCCUGAACUGAAAAUUGUAAAUGUAACCUUGGAACCAAUGGCCACAUGGUUUCCCAUUGCGAAUGGCAUAAAGGAUUUCAAGGGUUACAUAGUCCACAUGCCCGUACAAACUGAUAUACCUUCGACAUAUUUUUAUAGAGACGAAAAAACUCGUAAGUUUAAGGCUGAUGGCUCAGCUGCCUGGAUUAUAAAUGAGUUAAUGUCACGUGUCAAUGUCACCCUGAAGGUAUAUCCUUUAAAAUUUAACCAUUCCUAUGUUGUUCGUCCUGCCAGACACUUUGAAUUACUACGCAGUGGAGAAAUCGAAUUGAGUCCCCAGCUACUGACAGUUCUUCGCAAGGAAAAUGAUGUGGACUUCAGUUAUCCUUUUGUGAGUACCUCACGCUGCAUUAUGAUGCCCAGGCCGAGGAAGGUGACCAUUGGCUUUUAUCGUUUCAUAACAUGGAAGCUGUACGCAUUCCUAGGUGUCUUUAUGGUGUUAUACGAAGUUCUGUGGAAAUUCUAUCCUCGCUAUUGUCGAAAAGUAAAUCGUGGCUACAGCUGGCUACACUAUCGUCCUUUCUAUGCCAUUGGUGUUCUAUUCGGAAUUCCCAUACCCCAAUUACCAUUGCCAUCCUUUGUACAUCUUCGCAGCUUUGCCUUUCUACGCCUCCUCAUUGUCUAUUUCAUUAUUGCCUUUAGUGGCAACUGUAUCUCACAAAUGUUUUCCUGUCACUUUACAUCCCUGCUUACCGCGAGCUAUGUUAAGGGAGCAGCUAACAUUCGAUUGGAAGACAUUUUUUCCGCUCGCAUACCCAUCAUGACCCGGGGCUAUGACGUAGAGUUAUUUGCGAAACUCUAUAAGAUAGAUGAUUUUGAUCGGGACAAAAUUCGAACCACCUCCUAUGAAGACAUCCAAGCUCAUCGCUCCCAACUCAAUUCGUCGUUUAUGUAUUUGGUUACCAAGGAAGAGUAUGUGUUUUUGGAACAACAACAGCGUUACUUGCAUCCGAAACUCUUUCGUCUCACCAACAUUUGCCAUGGACCCUACACCCUGCAAUUUCCCCUGCGUGCCGAUAGUCAUUUUCUUGAGUUGUUUUAUUUUUUCAUACUUCGUCUGCGUGAGAGUGGCAUCUAUGAGCAUCACAAGCGGUCGCUGUUUCAAAGGGCCAAGAGUCAUGGUCAAAGCGAUUAUUUACAGGAGGGGGAUAUAAAAGGGACCUCGGAACUGGAUAUUACCUUCAAUACUUUGAGGGCAAUGAUGUUUGUUUUAUCGGUGGGUUAUUCGAGCAGCAUUGUUGUUUUUAUUUUGGAGCUAUAUGGCAAGCGGAUUGUGUGUUGGUUGCGAGGAUUUAAAUUUUGA